AUGAGGAGCCCCCAAAAUCAUAAAGAGGUACAAAGAUUGACGGGCAGACUUGCUAGUUUAUCUCGGUUUAUCCCCAAGUUGGCAGAAAAAGCCAAACCUAUUUUUAACUUGCUCAAAAAACCCAAGGAUUUUCAUUGGGAUGACCGAUGUGAACAAGCAUUUUCUGAUUUUAAAAACUUUUUAUCUUCACCUCCUAUUUUGACCAAGCCUCAGGCCCAAACCGAUCUCUUGUUAUAUCUCGCCGUGAUGGACAAUGCAAUCAGUGCAACACUCAUGCAAGCUGACGGUAAAAAACAAAUUCCUGUUUAUUUUAUCAGUCGUGUUUUGCAGGUGACCGAGCAGAGGUAUCAAACUAUUGAGAAGUUGGUCCUCGCCUUGAUAACAUCAGCUCGCCGUCUUCGGCCUUAUUUUCAAAGUCAUCAGAUUGUAGUCAAGACUGACUAUCCUAUCAAACAGAUUCUUCGGAAACCCGAUCUAGCAGGUCGGAUGACAGCUUGGUCAGUUGAGCUGUCUGAGUACGAAAUUAAGUAUGAAAGUCGGGGAGCGUUGAAAGCCCAAUGUCUUGCUGAUUUCAUAGCCGAGCUCACACCCAGCGUUUCGUUGGAAGACCCAUCUUGGACUUUACAUGUUGAUGGCUCAUCCAAUACCAAGGGUAGUGGUGCUGGAAUUAUACUCGAAGGUCCUAAUGACAUGAUGCUCGAGCUUGCAAUCAAAUUUGAUUUCCGAGCUACUAAUAACCAGGCAGAAUACGAAGCUUUGCUUGCAGGUUUGAGAUUGGCCAAGGACGUUGGAGUCAAGAAGCUCAGGUGUUGUAGCGAUUCAAAGUUAAUGACAGAGCAAGUAGGGGGACGUUAUCAAACAAAAGAACCACAGCUCCAAAGGUAUAACCUCAUGGUAUCUCAUUUAACCUCCUCCUUUGAUCAUUUUCAGAUCGAGCAUAUUCCACGAGCACAGAAUCUUAGAGUCGAUUUGCUAUCCAAGCUAGCCAGUACUAAACGUCCAGGACAACAUAAAACAAUUAUUCAAGAGACAAUCAGUACUCCCAGCUAUGAUUCUGCAGCAAUAUUGGCCAACACCCCUGGUCAGUCAAGUUGGAUGACUAACAUUUGGCAAUACUUUACCGAUGGAACUUUACCAAGUAACAAAGUGGAAGCUACAAAAAUCAAAGCCAAAGCUUGUCAUUUCACAAUCGAAGCAGGUGAAUUGUUCAAGAGGGGAUUCUUAGUACCCCUUUUAAAAUGUCUUGACUUAGAUCAGGCCGAGUACGUGAUGAGCGAGAUCCAUCGAGGCAUCUGUGGCAUGCACUCUGGAGCUCGGUCCAUGGCAGCAAGAGUAGUCCGAGCUGGCUACUAUUGGCCGACUAUGAGAUCAGAUUGUAAGACAUUUGUACAAAAAUGUGAAGCUUGUCAAAAAUUCGGCAACCUACAUCAGCUACCUGCAACAACACUUCACUCCAUGCAGUCAGCAUGGCCUUUUGCAUGGUGGGGCAUGGACAUACUUGGUCCCUUCCCAAUUGCCAAAGGCCAAUUGAAAUUCUUAAUUGUAGGGAUUGAUUACUUCAUAAAGUGGAUCGAAGCUGAACCUUUAGUGAGAAUUACAGCAACUAAUGUGCAACGGUUCACGUGGAAGAAAAUCAUCUGCAGGUAUGGCCUACCUCAAGCAAUCACCACAAACAAUGGCAAGCAAUUUGUAGAUAAAAAUUUUGAGCAAUUCUUGAAGCAACUCAGGAUCAAGCAUAAAGUCACCUCAGUAGAACACCCACAAACAAAUGGCCAAGUUGAGGCAGCAAAUAAAGUGAUUCUCCGUGAACUUAAGAAGAGGCUAGGAUCUUCCAAAGGAGAGUGGGUUGAAGAGUUACCUAGUGUUCUGUGGGCAUACCAUUGCACACCACAGACCACCAGUCAAGAAACUCCCUAUAAGUUGACCUAUGGUUCUGAUGCAAUGAUACCCGUUGAAGUUGGCGAGCCAAGUCACAGAAGGUUAACAUUUACCGAGUCCCAAAAUGGAGAACAGCUGAGCUUGGACAGAGAUUUACUUGAUGAAACAAGAGAACAUGCCCGGGUACAAGAAGAAGCAUGCAAGCUUCGAGCAUCACGGAGGUACAAUUCGAAGCUCAAACCGAGAUCCUUCCACGAAGGAGAUCUCGUCUGGGGAGCCACAGGCAAUGCUCGGAAGGAUACAUCGGCAGGAAAAUUUGCAGCCAAUUGGGAAGGUCCUUUUCGCAUCCUAGAAUGCCUACAAAAUGGAGCAUAUAGACUGACCGAACUCAGUGGCAAAGUUCUUCCUAGAACUUGGAACGCCACCCAUUUGAAAUUUUAUUUUAGUUGA